UGUUGAAAACAGAAAAUACGUAGCGGUCCUCGUGAAUGGCUCUUUGUGCAGUUUUUUCAUUAACGUUACAAUGCCGCCAAAAUAAACCAAUUGGGCUUCCCUGUCUUAUUUGAUAGCUCGUAUUUCAACAGUUGUUAACUACGACAUCCACAGAUACACUAAAGGUAGCCACAGUUAACACAGUCGCUCGUUAAACCGUUACACCGGACAUUCUACUCUCCCAGCAGACUACCCAUGUGCGUUUCUUUCUCUGGCGACUAAUGUCCCGUCUUGGAUGGAAACAAAUCCACAGGCGACAUAAAGACGGGCGGCUGCGGGAGGUGGGAGAAGCUACACGCGCUUUAUGUUUCCCGACGUAAAGAGAACGUUCCCGGCUUUGGCUUGAGGCUUGUUGUGGACAUUCUGCAUGCUCUCAUUAUAAUUUGCUGUCAUGGUGAACCACGUUCAGCGCCUGGACUGUAGUAUGCAGUCAUGUAAGAGCGAUUCCAGCGGGGCCAGCAACAGCGGCGGAGAGAGCUCCAAGGAGAGCUCCCGGUGUUCUACGCCGGUUUUGGACGCAGAUCGGGCGGACAGGCUGCGGGACAAGAUGCGGAGGAGGAUGGAGUCUGGAGACCGCUGGUUCUCGCUGGAAUUCUUUCCUCCUCGCACAGCCAGUGGAGCUGUCAACCUCAUCUCAAGAUUUGACCGUAUGGGCUCUGGAGGACCGCUGUUUAUUGACAUUACCUGGCACCCAGCAGGGGACCCAGGCUCAGACAAGGAAACCUCAUCCAUGAUGAUUGCCAGCACAGCAGUCAACUAUUGUGGUCUGGAGAGUAUCCUCCACCUGACCUGCUGCAACCAGACCAAAGAAAAGAUUACUGGUUACUUGGGCAAAGCAAAGCACCUGGGCCUCAAAAACAUCAUGGCACUCAGGGGAGACCCAGUGGGAGCAGACUGGGAGGAAGAGGAGGGAGGCUUCAACUAUGCCAUCGACCUUGUUAAACAUAUCCGGUCAGAGUUUGACGAUUACUUUGACAUCUGUGUCGCUGGAUACCCCACAGGCCAUCCUGAGGCAGAGAGCUAUGAGGAGGAUCUCAGACACCUGAAGGAGAAGGUGGAUGCUGGAGCAGACUUUGUUAUCACCCAACUGUUCUUUAGGGCAGAAUCCUUCCUGAAGUUUGUGGAUGACUGCAGAGCAAUUGGUAUCACAUGUCCCAUCCUACCUGGAAUCUUUCCCAUUCAGGGUUACCAGUCUCUACGUCAGCUUGUCAAACUGUCAAAGCUUGAGGUACCAGAGGAGAUCACCAAAGUCAUCGAGCCCAUCAAAGAUAAUGAUGCUGCCAUCCGUAACUACGGAAUCCAACAGGCAGUGGAGAUGUGCCAUGUGCUGCUAGACAGUGGCAACGUACCAGGCCUCCAUUUCUAUACACUGAAUCGAGAGGUUGCGACCAUGGAGGUGCUUCGACAGCUGGGCCUGUGGAUAGAAGACCCCAGGCGGCCUCUUCCCUGGGCAGUGAGUGCCCAUCCUAAACGGAAGGUAGAAGAUGUUCGACCCAUCUUCUGGGCUUCCAGGCCCAAGAGCUACAUCUACAGAACCCAGGACUGGGAUGAGUUCCCCAAUGGCAGAUGGGGAAACUCCUCGUCUCCAGCUUUUGGUGAGUUAAACGACUACUACCUGUUCUACUUGAAGAGCAAGUCAUCCAAAGAUGCACUGCUGCAGAUGUGGGGGGAGGAGCUGAAGAAUGAAGAGAGCGUCUUUGAGGUCUUCACCUGCUACAUCACAGCCCAACCAAACUGCCAUGGUCACAAGGUAAUGUGUUUGCCAUGGAAUGAUGAGCCUCUGGCCCCAGAGACCAACCUGCUGAAAGAUGAGCUAGAGAAGGUAAACAGAAGAGGAGUCCUCACCAUCAACUCCCAGCCCAACAUCAAUGGCAAAUCUUCCACAGACCCUAUAGUAGGUUGGGGACCUGCAGGGGGCUAUGUCUUUCAGAAGGCCUAUCUGGAGUUCUUCACCUCCAGUGAAAAUGUAACUGCCCUCCUCAAAGUGUUGAAGAAGUAUGAGCCCCGUGUCAACUACCACAUUGUUAAUGUGCAUGGCCAUAACCUCACCAACGCCCCUGACAUGCAGCCUAACGCUGUGACAUGGGGGAUCUUUCCUGGCAGGGAAAUCGUUCAGCCUACUGUAGCAGACCCAGUCAGCUUCAUGUAUUGGAAGGAUGAGGCCUUUGCCUUGUGGAUUGAGCAGUGGGCUAAACUCUAUGAAGAUGAGUCUCCUUCACGAAUGAUCAUCAAGUAUAUCCACGACAACUACUUCCUGGUCAAUUUGGUGGACAAUGACUUUCCUCUGGAGAACUGUCUGUGGCAGGUCAUUGAUGACAUGUUUGAGCUGCUUGAUGCACCUCCAGAGCCACUCAGUGAUGGAGCAAUCUCUGAAUAAGAUUCACUGUGUUUAGGGAAAGAAAGAAAACUGUGGAAGUGUUGAUAUUUUAUGCAUUGUUUAAAAAGCUGCUAUUGUGAGUAAGAAGUGUACUUAACAGUAUUUUUUACAGGAAAACUUUUUUUUUUAUAAAUGUUUUUACAUUUGAGUGAAUGAAAAUAUCGUUAAAAAAAAGUUUUUAUAAAAUAUCUUUGAAUAUUUUUAACACUGAAACAUAACAAAUGAGAAAACCCCACAAAAUUUUUAAAACAGUAAAUGUUUUUAUUUUCAUGUAAAAUAGAUCUUUCAUAAUGUGUGAUGUUGUUUAGAUCAAGAUGAGGUGUAUGUCUGAACCUUUUUAACUUAGUUUGACCAGAGUUAAUGGGAGUUACUGCACCUAUAGUGACUUCAUUAGCUAUUCAGAGACCGCACCACUACACAUUAACGAAAAACCCUAUAUGAUGAUGAUAUGAUAUCAUCAACUAGAACAGUACAGAAGUCCACCAGGUCUGUCUGGGGGUAUGGGGGUGGGGAACAGGAAGUGCAGUUAAUCCAAGUGUACUCACUGAGCAUUAAGUGACCACACGUCGCUGAACACCAUUGGUUAUCCCCUAAAUCCCUUAGUAUUUUUUCUUGAUUUGCAGCUUUUGACAUUUAUGUGUAGAAAAUAUAAAUAAAUAAAUGCCACAACACAGAAAUGUA